CAGAUUUCUUUUUCUCCUUCUCAUCACUUUGCUGACCUCUGACCUUGCAGACCAUGUUGGAUGAGGAAGAUGUGAAAGUCGCUGUGGAUGUCUUGAAAGAGCUGGAAGCUUUAAUGCCCAGUGCAGCAGGCCAAGAGAAACAGAAAGACACUGAGCACAGGGACAGGACAAAGAAGAAGAAGAGGAGUCGGAGCCGAGACAGAGACCGAGACCGGGACAGGGACCGAGACAAGGACCGAGAGCGAGAUAGAGAACGAGACAGAGAACGAGAUAGAGAUAGAGACCAUAAGCGGAGACACCGAUCCCGCUCUCGGUCACAUUCCAGGACCCGGGAGAGGACUAAGGGGAAGUCCAGAUACCGGUCCAGGAGCAGAAGUCAAAGUCCCUUCAAAGACCGGAAAGACCGGGAGAAGUAUGGCGAGAGGAAUCUGGACAGAUGGCGGGAUAAGCAUGUGGACCGCCCGCCCCCUGAAGAGCCUGCCAUUGGGGACAUUUACAAUGGCAAAGUGACCAGCAUCAUGCAGUUUGGUUGCUUUGUGCAGCUGGAGGGCCUAAGGUACUCUCUCACAUCAGUAUUGCAAAACGUCUUUUACUGCUGAGGUAGGAGUGUGUGU